CUUGAGUUUCGAUGUUUUCUGGGGCUGAAGAUGCUGUGUAAUACCGCUGCAUCCGCGGCGUAGAUACGCGCUUGGCGCCGUCUGGUCCCAAAACGGCAAUUGGCAUUUUCCUUAGCUCCGCCGAACAUCAUCACGCAUAUCAGGCAUCCAUCGCGAAAUUUCUGAUCGAUCUCUCUCCUGUCACCGCGCAUUGACCCUGGUCUCGGGUUGUCCUAUCAAAGGUUGUCGAAUUGUGCUCCCCGUGAUACAUUGUUAGCUUAUCAAUCGGCAUUGUGAGUGAAGAAAUCCCUUCCCGUCCAAAGAAUUCCAUCGAAGCCAAAGACCAGACCCAUACCCCCACCCAACAAGAAGACACGUCGGAAAGUUCAGAUGGAAUGGCGACACCUUCUCCCACACCCCCGGGGAUGAAUGGUCACGCCGAUGAUCAACGCGAUACCCCAAUUGUUAGCAAUCGAACCAGGAUGGGGAGAAAAGCAUCGUCGCCCAUGGCACCGGCGUUCAUGGUCUCCGCGCCCGGCAAGGUCAUUGUCUUCGGAGAACAUGCCGUCGUGCAUGGUAGGCGGGCUAUAGCCGCUGCCAUAUCCCUCCGUUCUUACCUUCUUGUUACUACUUUAUCAAAGUCGCAUCGCACCAUUACGCUUAAUUUCAGGGAUAUUGAAUUGGAUCACACAUGGGAUAUUGAUUCGCUUCCCUGGGACUUAUUCCAUCACCCAUCCAAGAAAAAAUUCUACCACAGUUCUGUCACCUCUCUUGACACUGAGCUGCUUGAAGCUAUACAACCACAUAUCGCAGACAUAUCUAUUGGCAAACCAGAUGAGGUGCGGAAGAUCCACCAAAGCUCAGCAACUGCUUUCCUAUAUCUCUUUCUCUCCCUCAGCUCCCCACAGACUCAUGCCGCAGUGUACACACUACGAUCAACCAUCCCCAUUGGUGCUGGAUUAGGGAGCAGUGCAAGUAUAGCUGUCUGUCUUAGCGCAGCUCUCCUGUUACAGAUACGUAUUCUAGCAGGUCCACAUCAAGAUCAGCUGCCUGAAGAGGCAGAAACCCAGAUUGAGCGAAUAAACAAGUGGGCGUUCGUUGGUGAAAUGUGCAUACACGGCAACCCAAGUGGUGUGGAUAAUACUGUGUCAGCUGGUGGGAAAGCCGUCAUAUUUAGAAGAGGAGAUUAUUCCAAACCGCCCUCCGUGACUCCCAUACUUGAUUUCCCCGAACUCCCUCUCCUCCUUGUCAAUUCGCGCCAGCCACGGUCCACUUCAGUUGAGGUUGCGAAAGUUGCCAACUUUUGCAAAGCACACCCUGCCGUUUCUGAAUCGAUACUCGAAGCCAUAGAUCAGGUUACAGAAUCUGCCAGCAACCUCAUCCAGUCCGGGCGCUUUGAUAAAAGCUCCAGCGAGGCGAUCGAUCAUUUUGGCGAGCUAUUCCGCAUCAACCAUGGCCUCCUCGUUUCACUCGGAGUAUCUCAUCCCCGCCUUGAGCGCAUCCGAGAAUUAGUUGACCACACCGGCUCAGGCUGGACGAAACUUACAGGUGCUGGCGGCGGUGGUUGCGCGAUAACAUUGCUGAGAACAAACAUAGACCCAGCAGCAUUAAAGCGCCUAGAAAAAACACUAGACGACGAAGGAUUUGAGCGCUAUGAAACCAUUCUGGGUGGCCAUGGUAUUGGAGUGCUGUGGCCUGCUGUACUGAAGAAUGGAACAGACGAGGAAGGUGGGGAGGAGAUUGACCAACAAAAAUUCGAGAAUGCGGUUGGGAACGCUGGGAUUGAACGUUUAGUGGGUGUGGGUGAGCAUGAGAAGCGAGAGGGCUGGAAAUUCUGGAAGCGUGGAAGCAAUGCGAACUAGUUUCGUGUCCUCUCCAGCGAAGCAGCUUUUUCUCUAUCCAGAAUUUUCUUUUGUUUCUUUUGUUUCUUUUCUUGUUAUCCUCCAGAGUGGCCGGCUUCACUUCUGCACAGGAU